AUGAGGGGUUUGAGCUAUGUGCUUAUGGUUGUUGUGGUACUGACCUUGUAUGAGUCUGUUGUUUCAGACAAGGUGCAUGUCAGUCUUAUGAAUAGAUUAGGAGGUGGGAGGAGUAUGAACGUUCAUUGCCAAUCCAAAGACAAUGAUCUUGGCGAGCACAUCGUGACAGACGGAGGAGAAUUUGGGUGGGAUUUCUCCGUUAACGUUAUUGGAACCACGCUUUUCUACUGCGACAUGGGGUGGGAUAAGGUAAGUGAGUUUCAUUUCGAUGCAUUCUCGUUCGAUAGGGAUUGGCGUAGGUGUACAUCUCAGUGCUUGUGGUUGUUCUCCAAAGAAGGCGUUUACGGUUUGAACGACCAGACGGGAUUCUGGGAAUUUCUCUACUUUUGGCCAAAUUGA